AUGAGCAGGUUCCUGAUUGCCCUCAUCGCAUCUGCUGCACCACACUGCGUGUGGGCUUCGAACGACACCAAUGAAAUAGACUCGAAUUCUUCGGGGACUCCGGGAACGUGCAACGUUGGCGCCAACACCACGUUCACCGGCUGCACCGGCGUGGUGUCAGCCGAAACGACCAUUCAGACGUCAUGCCCAGGAAACUGCGUGACGGAGUCGAGCACUCGAACUCAGUAUGGUUGCACGCAAGUCACUACAACCUACCAUUGCGUGGUCGCGGGAGUGACGGACUGCACCUUCUUGAAGACGGCCUUCGACACCACCUUAGGGACGCAGUCCUACACAGGCUACGCGUGCGAAGAGUGCAGCACCACGAAUUGCAAUCCGACGGAACCUUUAGCUGCCACGGUGGCCGCGGUGAGUACAGGAGGCUCCUCAGCACAAAUCUCUGGCGCGUUCUUCUUCAACAUUGCCCAGACGGUGGUACUUUUGCUGAUCAGCCGGCUUCUCUUCCGCUGCACCUGA